UCUCCUUUUCCAAAACUCCUCUGUCCUCAUCGGAGCGAAGGAUCCAUCCGAGAGCAUCAUCGAUGGCCCAGCUCCAGGGGGAGUGGACUUAUUGGUUUGCGCAGAGGAGAGGAGCAGCGUGACUGACCUGUUUGUGUACCAUAAAUCAGGCUACAGUGAGCAGAGCCAUGCCUCCUCCAGCCGACAUUGUGAAGGUGGCCAUUGAGUGGCCCGGUGCCAAUGCUCAGCUCAUCGAAAUGGACCAGAAAAGAGCGCUGUCGUCAAUAAUACGGGAGGUGUGCGAUGGUUGGUCUCUGUCUGGCUCGGAGCAGUUUGCCUUGCGUUACGCCGAUGGUCCUCAGCUCUACAUCACUGAACAGACUCGAGGAGAAAUCAAGAAUGGUACUAUCCUCCGAUUAGCUAUUUCACCUGGCCGAGCGGCGCGUCAGCUCCUGGAGAGGAUUCAGUCCCACGGGAUCGACGCUCGUCUGGAGGCUCUGAAGGAACUGGCUAAACUGUCUGCUGACCCAACCUUCGCCGCAGAGUUUAUCAACAUGGAGGGCAUCGGGACCCUGGCGAGGCUGGUCGAGAGCGGGACACAUUUUGGUGAGAUGCUGGCCUUCACUCUCACUGCGUUUCUGGAGCUGAUGGACCACGGCAUCGUCUCCUGGGACCUCAUCUCUCUGUCCUUCAUCAAACAGAUCGCUGGAUAUGUGAACCAGCCCAUGGUGGACGUGUCGAUCCUGCAGCGCUCUCUAGCUAUUCUGGAGAGCAUGGUCCUGAACAGCCACAGCCUCUACCACCGGGUGGCGCAAGAGAUCACCGUGGGACAGCUCAUCGGGCACCUGCAAGUAUCGAAUCAGGAGAUCCAGACUUACGCCAUCGCUCUGAUUAACGCACUGUUCCUGAAGGCACCAGAGGACAGAAGACAGAACUCGGACUAUUCUAAUGCACUGGAGUGUUACCUCACUGAAAUGGCGAGCACUUUGGCCCAGAAGCACCUGCGAUCCAUCAUCCUCAAUCAUGUUAUCAGAGGAAACCGACCGAUCAAAGCAGAGAUGGCCCACCAGCUCUAUGUGCUCCAAGUGCUGACCUUUAACCUUCUGGAGGAGAGGAUGAUGACCAAGAUGGACCCCAAUGACCAGACCCAGAGAGACAUCAUAUUCGAGCUGCGCAGAAUCGCCUUUGAUGGAGAGAACGACCCCACAGGGACAGAGAAGAGGAAGGCCAUGUACAGCAAAGACUACAAGAUGCUCGGCUUCACGAACCAUGUGAACCCAGCGCUGGACUUCACUCAGACUCCUCCAGGGAUGUUGGCUCUAGACAACAUGCUGUACCUCGCCAAAGUACACCAAGAUACUUACAUCAGGAUAGUUUUGGAGAACAGCAGUCGUGAGGAUAAACACGAGUGUCCGUUUGGUCGUUGUGCCAUUGAACUGACCAGGAUGCUCUGUGAGAUUCUGCAGGUCGGAGAGUUACCAAACGAAGGGUGUAAUGAUUACCACCCGAUGUUCUUCACUCAUGAUCGGGCCUGGGAGGAGUUCUUUUGUGUCUGUAUCCAACUGCUCAACAAAACAUGGAAAGAGAUGAGAGCUACUGCCGAAGACUUUAACAAGGUGAUGCAGGUGGUGAGGGAGCAAAUCACUCGGGCUCUGGCCAUGAAGCCUUCGUCUUUGGACCAACUGAAAAACAAACUCCGAGGUUUAAACUAUUCAGAAAUCCUGCGUCUGCGCCAGUCCGAACGCAUGAGCCAGGACGACUUCCAGUCCCCUCCGAUCAUUGAGUUACGCGAGAGGAUUCAGCCUGAGAUCCUGGAGCUGAUCAAACAGCAGCGACUGAACCGUCUGUGUGAGGGCAGCUGCUUCAGGAAACUGGGAAACAGGAGAAGACAAGAGAAAUUCUGGUUCUGUCGUCUCUCGCUGAAUCACAAAAUGCUGCACUAUGGAGACCUGGACGAGUCUCCUCAGGGCGAAGUGCCUUUUGAGCUGCUCAGCGACAAGAUCCCAGUGUCUGAUAUAAAGUCUGUGGUCACUGGAAAAGAUUGUCCCCACAUGAAGGAGAAGAGCGCUCUCAAACAGAACAAGGAGGUGCUGGAGUUGGCCUUCUCUGUUCUCUAUGACCCUGAUGAGACGCUCAACUUUGUGGCGCCAAAUAAAUAUGAGUACUGCAUCUGGACCGACGGGCUGUGUGCGCUGUUGGGGAGGGAGAUGGGCAGUGACCUGACGCGCUCAGACCUGGACACUCUGAUCAGUAUGGAGAUGAAGCUCCGCCUCCUUGACCUCGAGAACAUCACCAUCCCAGAAGCCCCGCCCCCUGUGCCCAAAGAACCCAGCUCCUACAACUUCAACUACAACUACAGCUGAAAAACAACUGCAGCUACAAUUGAAACAUACAACAAUGGCUGAAAACUGUAUUACUACUUAAAAAAAAUACAACCACAACUUCAGUCCAACUACUACUACUACCAGUCCAAAAUACCACUCUAACUUGAACUCCAACUAAAGCUGAAAAAAUGAUUCACAAAUGAAAAACAACUCUAACUCUAACUGCAACAGCUGAAAAAAAAAAAUCUAUUAUAUCUGAAAAUUACAACUGUAUCUAAAACUACAACUGAUGAACAACUACUAGAAGUUCAACUACAGCUGAAAACGUAUAUCACAAAUGUCCCUAAAUGUUACCAAACCACACAUUAAAGAAGAAAAGAUGUCAAAUCAAGAAAAACGUAUGUAACUUUAACUGAAAACACAACUAUAACUAAACUACAAGUCAUUUGUCUUCAUAUUUUGUCUAGGCCUAGUACAAAAUGAUCAACAAUGAUCUAAUUAAAAUAAAAUAUCAACUUUACAAAAGUUCUACAUAAUUCAAGAAUUCAUUUCUUGAACUGUUAAUUCAAGUGAACUACCAAAACCCGUAUCCAGUAGGCACAUAAAGAAUACAAAUACAAGCAAAUGACUUCAUUUUGCUGUCUUAGCUUUAGCAAGAGGAAGAGGAGAGGAAAGAAUGUUCUUAUUGACUGAUAGGGCUGGAUCCAUUUUUAUGAAACUAGUGCCCAAAAAAAAAAAGACAUUUACGAUACCUGUGUGGUGUCACUCAUCUAGUCUAGAAACAUAAACCAUAAUAAUAGUAAUCCAUUAAAUACAAGUAAUUAUUUAUGUUCUUUUAAAACUUGCUUAAGUACCCCGUCCUGUGUCUUUGAACGUUUGAACUAAUAUCUAAUGGUUUGAUUAAGUAAUAUAGUUUUUUCCUUAUUAGUCAAAGCAAGGUUCAUUGUUUUUUAUCAUAUAUUUUAAAUACUGUGACAGUAAAAGAAAAAAGUACAGGAAAUACAGAGCUUAGACAAGAGAACACAGAACUAAAUAGUUACGAAUAUAACUAUGGUUCUAUGUAUCCUGCAUGUCCAGAAUCAUCAGUGCUUUAGCGCCCUCUGGUGCUCAGUGGGAUCAAAUAAAACUACAUUUCAUUUAUGGCCAUUUUCAUGUGUUGCUAAGUUUACUACUGUCUGGUGCCAGUUAAUUUUAGCACUAUGUUUUAAAUAAUUUAAAAUAAUUUUGUUAUUAACAGGGUUUAUUCUGAAAAACUGGAACAGGCAUGAUAACAAUGUAAAAACAUUUAUGCCAAAAAUGUGCACUGAAAACAUUCCCCUAAAUACAAUAAAUAUAAGAAAAGGUCUACAAGAGCUCACUGAGGACAAUGAUCCUGGCAGAGUUUAAAGUUUUGUAAAACUAAGAUAUGACUUACAAUAGUUAAAAUACUACUGUUAUGCUGAUGCUAGUGGUGUUAUAUGAUUGCUUGCUCGAUGUAUUAAAAAGUCUCAGAUAAGCAACAAGAAAUUAAACAAAUUAUAUAAAGUUAUGAAUGAACCACAUAAAUGACCAUAGUAACUAGUUUGACUAAUCUCUCUUCUCUUUAUUAAGAAAUAGAUUUAUAUUUUUGUAAUCCGCCAUUAAGUGGAGUGUAACAUUGAACAUGCAUUACCAUAUCUGUCAUUAUUACUGAAAAAAGGACAAGUUUAUUACCAUGUUCAUUUCAAAAACCUUUGCCAGCAGCUAAUAAUGAUGUCAGUGUUAUUGUUCUAUAGAGUUGAUGGUGGUUUGUGCAAAGAUAAAUUGUUUUUCUAAUGUUUUAAAUGUCUACAAACCAUUUUCUAUUCCAUCGGACCGUCUGAAACUGCAGUACCUUCUGUAGUAUCUAAUAUUAUGUGGGAUGUACUAACCAUGACUUGAAUUUAUCACUCUUUUCAUAAGAUAUUUAUUUAGUGGAGGUGCAGAGAGAAGAGAAGUAGAAGUGAUAGUAUUUUAUGUAUAUACGGUCUUGUGAUGCCUUAAGAAAAUGUAAAAUGUUUUGUGUGAAUAAAUGCAGAGUCUAACUAAA